UGCAGCCCGGGUGGAGGCGGGGGCUGCCGCCGCCGUGGAGAAGUCGAAACGGGGAGCCACCGAGCAGGUUCGCUGUAAACUACCUACAAUAGCUAUAAUGACACCAGCCCUCAGAGAGGCAGCAACAAAAGGUCAUGGUAUCCACUUGUCACCUUUGUCCUCUAGAGCUAUGGAGUCUGAUACAACUUUUUGCAUGGAAAAUUCCAGAGCAGUUGAAGAGACAAUAAAGGAAGAUUCCAUCACACGGAUUACUUGCUCAGUCUUGGGGUUUCCCACUACAGAGCCCAACCUCAGUAAUGAUAUCUUCAGUGUAAAACACUUUGGUUCUCCACAGUCUUCCAGGCAUUAUCAAUCUGUCUUAUUAAUGAGCACAAACUCUCCAUUAAACAUAAAAAACAAAAACAGUAAGCAAAGGAAUUCAGAAGAGCAAAGGAAUUCAGAAGAGCGCAAGUGCUCCCAGAUGAGAAAUCAACUACAUAAUGGUGCCACCACACAGGUCAGUCAGAUUAAUAAUUCAGAACCUGAAGAGCAGAUCAGAGGGGAAACUUUAUCGGAGACCAUGACACAGAGUUUGGCAGAAAUGCAGAGACUGUUGGAUUCAAAUGUAACUGAAUCCAGUAAUGUGGAAGAAAUGCAGUUUACAAACUGUAAAUGGUAUCGGAAGAAUGGCUUUUUGGAUAAAGGUCUACUAGUACACGCUGAGACACAAAAAAGGGAUUUAUUGCAUCAAGUUGUGCAUGAGCCUUUGAAAGCAAUUGUGAGCUGCACCCCCAGUAGUAAAGAAGAGGAGUUGGAUGCUCACUUACUUCAUUGUGUCAGUAAGCAACAAGUUGUGCUUAGUCGAGCCAAAAGAGCUCAGAAACGUUUACAGAUACUCCUGGCAAAGCAUGUUGUCAAACACUGUGAUCACCAACUGAAAUGCUUUGUGAAACAUCAGCUCCAAAGAAUGAAAGUUUUUCAUGAUCCAACCAGAUUUUUGGACAGUAGCUCCCUUGGAUGCACUGAAAUUAGGGCAGAAAACAGUAUAACUAACUUGGAAAAUAAUUCAAAUAAAGAAACACAGAAUGGAUUCGGCAUUGAACCUGGUGAAAUCUGGGGUUUUGCACACUCUGCUACAAGGCUGCUGUCUCAUGUGGAGAAAGAUCUGGACUCUGAUGCCACUUGCAGUAGCUCAGAUGAAGAUUGUGAUGAACAGACUGUCAGAAAAACUGUGGAAGCCAACUGUAGUUCUGAAUGGAAGUGGCUUGUAGACCGAGCUAAAGUUGGCUGCCGUUGGACAUGGCUUCAAGCCCAGAUUUCGGAGCUAGAAUAUAAAAUCCAACAAUUAACUGAUCUUCACAGGCAGAUACGUGCCACCAAGGGGAUGGUGAUCUUAGAAGAAUUCCCACUUCCCAAAGACGUUUUGAAGAAGCAAACACAAUUGACAAACCCAGAAGCUUUAUUAAACACCACAGGGAAUUCUCAAGCUACCUUUGAGAGACAGGAUUUUUUGCCGGAACACGAUUUUGAAAUGUCACCAAGCAGCCCUACUUUACUUCUACGAAACAUAGAAAAACAGAGUGCUCAGCUGAGUGAAAUCAUCAAUAAUCUGAUUGCUCCACUCAAUCUAUCCCCCACAUCCUCUCCUCUCUCUUCCAAGUCCUGUAAGCAGAAACAACUGAUCAAUGGCAUAUCUCUCAGAGCUUCAGACAACAGAGAGGAAAUGUCCCCUUCUAGUAGCCAGUUGCUUGAUCAUCAACACAUCAAAAAAAGAAGAAAAGACAGGACAAGGCUGAGAUCUCCAUCUGUAACUAUCAUGAGCACAUCUGCCCGAACAAGGCCACUUCAGAGUUUCCAGAAGAGGAAACUAUACAGAAUGAACAGCACAUGUUAUUGGAAUCAACAGGCUUUGCUAUCUAGAGAUGCCUCGUUUCCAUAUAAUACACAGAUGCCUUGCAUGGCUCCAGCCUCCAUUUGGAGCAGUUCUGAGCAUGCUACAUCAUCCAGAAUAGUACAACAACAUAUACCAGAGGUGGAUUCCUGUCUUCAUCCUGUGUUAUCAUUCCCUUCAGAUAUCCCUCUUCAUAUAUAUUUUGAAACAUUGUUGAAGGAGGACAAGAUCAAAGGAGAUCCUGUUGACACCUCAGCACUAGGGGUAGAGUUUAAAAUAUCUCCAUCCAAUGAAUAUAAUCAACAUAGUGCUUCUCUCAAACAAUGGAGCAGUGGCUAUUUACUUAAUGCCAAACCUCAGGCAGCAUCAGGAGCAUCUGAACACUUGUCAGAGGGAAGAAAGAAAAGGCACCUAAGUGAGACAGCGAUAGGAGAAAGUAACAGUAGGGUUGAAGCUUUUUCCUUUCAACAUGCAGGACCGGAAUCCCAAAACGAUUUUACUGCCGUGACCCAUGUCAAUCUGAUGUCUAGAUCUACCCAAAACACAUCAUCACAGCAUAACUCUAGACGGAGACUGAGAAGUGAGAGCUCCUAUGAUAUAGACAACAUUGUUAUUCCUAUGUCACUGGUUGCUCCCUCUAAAUUGGAGAAGCUGCAAUACAAAGAAAUCCUUACUCCAAGCUGGAGGGUUGUUGAACUUCAUCCUCUGGGGCGAUCUCCUGUAGAAGAAGAGGAGAUCGAAGAUCUAUCAGAUGAACUUUUUUCUUCACGUCAUGCAAAAUAUGAAGAGAGAGAGAAAGCAAGGUGGUCGUUGUGGGAACAGAGCCGAUGGCCCAGGAGAAAUAGCAGAUCUUAUAGCAAAAAUGCUGAAGGACAGCAGGGACAAGAUCCAGUACUGAAAGAAAACCAUCGUAACUCAUGUGCCUCACUGCGUUGUGUUGCUGAAGCUGCUUCUGAUCUUACUUCAGAAAUCCACAGUUCUGUAUGUUUAAGGGUCCCACAGUCUUCAAAGGAAAACCAAGAAGCAAAGUCUGAGCUGUGGGAACUUCGGGUUUUUCCGUUAAAGGAUGAAGACAUAGAAACCUUACAGUGCCAAGACCAAAUAACAAAUCAGACUGAAAGUUCAAGUGCAGCUUUCCACAGUGACUCCCUCUGCACUUCAUGUACUCCCAUCACUUUGCCAAACAAUGGCCAUCCACCAAGAAAACAAUCCACAGAAGAGCUAGAAGACUGCAAAAGUGUUUUCCUGGGACUCUGCAGCACAAGAAAACACAGGUGACAGGGAAUAAUGUGGUUCAUUAAGAAAGCCGAUUAAGAUGGAGAAAAGUAUAAGGUAAAAUCUCUGUUGUUCACACAAGAAAUAACAGCACAAUUCAAAUAUUGUACAUUAGCAGAAUAUAAUAUAUUUUCUUUCUUGCUUUGUAACAGGCAGGAUAAAAUCCCAAAUGCAACACUUUCUUCGUCCAGAACCACAAGAGAAACAAAUUAUUUCAAGCUGGAAGUCUAGUAUUCCGUGUUGAAAGUGGGCACACCUAAAUAGCUGGCACAGUUUACUGCUUUCUGUUGUCAUAUUGCCACGUUCUUUAAUAGUCUUCCUUUUUUUCUUUCAAAUGUGUUUAUGGUUCUGAUGGAUUCUGGGACAGCAGAACACACUUUACUCCUUUAAACAAACAACUUCAAAACACAGAAAAACUACUUGAAAAGACAGUGAGGAGAAGGGGGUAAUUUCAAAUGGUUUCCUUUGGUGGCAUGAGCAUGUGGCAAAUACCUGCCUUGUCUGAAAUCCCUUGAAUAUUUAAGUACUAGUAGUUUUUAAAUGACUCUUUCAGAAGCCUUAUAUUUGGCUUAAAAUGAGUCAGUCAUUCAACUCUAUUGUUAGUUUCAUGCAGAAAUCCUCAAACGCUAACACACAAAUAUACCACUAUAUUUAUUUCCAUAGUUGAUUUCUCUACUAUACGAAAGAUAGACAGUUUUCUAUUUCAGUCACAUGAGGAGCAGAGAAGCCUAGGAGUGGUGAGGAAAUGAAGAUUGAAUUAAAUGAAGAUGCAGCUCUGAAUUUCAUUUUGGAUCAUCAGAUAUUUGGAGACCUGACUCCUAGACCUGCAGUAGCUAAUGCUGCUUAGAACUGUGUGCUGUAAUAUCUUACCAAGUGUAGUUACGAUUUCUAAGUGAUACCUUGCAAGGUUCUGCCAAGUAUGCAAAAGCAGAGUGACUAACCAGAAGGGAAAACAUUGUUAAUAAGGACAUCAGAAGGGCUUUAAAAAACCUUUCAUAAUGUUUCUAAAUACAGAUUAACUUUUAAAUUCCCAGCCAUUAUACUCUAAGAAAAUAAAGGCAAAUUGUUUAAACUCAUACAUUCUGAAUUACAGUAUUUAGAAUUUGUCUGCAUCCUCAAGUGAUGCUAACAGAAGAUGACGCAUACAAGAAUUGAUGAUCUAGCAGUACUCUUGUAGCAGAACAAUAAUUCGACACCAGUAGAACAUAUGUUUAAACCACUGUCAGCAGGAAGUUUUUCUGUGUACAACAGUUGAAGGCAUCUAUAUAGGAGUCUCUGUUCUUGUACAACAUUUUUCCUCAGCUUGUAAUAUCCAGUACUGACAGAUGACCCGUUUGUAGUGUCAAACUUAAUUUUUUUCCUGUCAGAUUGACUGACUGGAAAUAUACGCUGGACCUCAGAAAAAAGUUCAGUCAAGUUUCAACACUACUACCUAUGCUACGUUGUAGUUUAUUGCACAUUCUGAUUUAUUUUAAAUCUUUUUUUUAACACUGAUUUGUCCAGCAAAUUAAACUCAAAUUUUGCCUCUGUCUGAUACAAUAAUCUUCAAUGCAAGUUUUUUUAAAUUAAAAGUUAUUUCCAUACAA